CUACCUUUCAACUCUUUCCCUUCCCCAAAUGGCAACUGUUCUCUCGUUGGGUUUUGCUACCAACUUUCCCCACUUCAAGUCUCCCCAACACUCUGUUUUUUUCCAGCCAACUUAUAAUUGCAAAAUCUUCAGAAUCUAUUGCAAUAGAGAAAAAACAACUACCAAUUUAUCCACCAAUCAAGAAUCUGAGCCUCAAAAUGCACUGCUUAAGAUAGCUUGGUAUGGCUCUGAGCUUCUUGGAAUUGCUGCUUCAUUUCUCCGUUCACCAUCUAAUGUUGAAGCACCUGAAAAUGAUCUCAAAGUUGCUACAGAUGGGUCAGGAGUUGUUGAUCGUGCAUUUGUUGUGGAAACUAUCAAAAAAGAUUUUGAAAGAUCAUAUUUUGUCACAGGCAACCUUACCCCCACUGCUUAUGAGGAGGAUUGUGAGUUUGCGGAUCCAGCAGGUUCCUUUAGAGGACUUCCUCGUUUCAAAAGGAAUUGUACAAAUUUUGGAUUGCUUAUCGAGAAAUCAAAUAUGAAGCUCAUGAAGUGGGAGGAUCUUGAGGAUAAGGGAAUCGGACACUGGCGAUUUAGUUGCAUCAUGUCAUUUCCCUGGAAGCCUAUUCUUUCUGCAACUGGAUAUACAGAGUAUUACUUUGAUAUACAAACUGGAAAAGUAUGCAGGCAUGUGGAGCACUGGAACGUUCCCAAAAUGACACUGUUAAAGCAACUUCUGAAGCCUAGCCGAGGACUUUGGCGUCGGAAGGCCAGUGGUUGAAGAAACAGUAGAAGGGUUACCGUAAUAACAUAAUUUCUCAUUGGGUAUUUGAUGAAAUAGGUUAAGUCAAUCAAGAUGCUUUAAGCUUUAAUUAAUGGAGAUCGUGUAGAUAGUUAUUAGUUUUUAAUUUUUGAAAAAAAAAAAAGUGUUUCCCUGUUAUCUGAAAACAAUUUUGAUUUGUAAAAUAUAAUAUAAAACUAAAGAUCAAUCGUUGUAUUUUAAUUCUCAAAUGCAUAUUGAAAUUAGAAGAUUUGUCUUCUGCA